AUGAUGCUCCCCAUUCUCCUCACCUCCCUGCUGGGCCUCACCUCCGCCCUCACCCUGGACGAUCUGUAUCUCAACAACGCCCCCUCGUCGCCCCGUCCCUAUGUCAUCCCGCAUUAUGCCGACACGCACGCCGUCACCGUCGGCAGCCAGCUCUACCGCUUCACCGUGACCGGUCCCUCGUCCGACUAUGCCUUUACGCUCAUGGGCACCAACGCCCCCGGCAGCAACGCGCUGGGUGUCCUCCCGCACAUCCACCAGAAGCACUACGAGAACUUUUACAACCUCAAGGGCCGCUUCCAGCUGUGGGCGCAAAAGGACGACGGCGAGCAGAAGGGCCGCCUCUUGACGCAGGGCGACUAUGGCUCUGUCCCGCGUAACACCACGCAUACCUUUCAGAUUCUCGAUCCGGAUACCGAGAUGGUUGGCGUGAUUUUCCCCGGUGGAUUCGAGGACCUCUUCUACGCCCUCGGCACCAAUUGGACCUCCUCCACCAACACCCCCUACAACCCCGCCUCCACCAACGACUCGUCCUCCGGCGGCUCUUCGUCCAGCGUCAUCUCCAGCCUCCAAAAGUUCGACGUCUACGCCCAGCUCGACUUCAACCCCCGCCGCGACUUCACCAACGGCUCCGCCCCGUCAAGCACCUGGCACACCGAGUCCAGCGCCCUCGGCACCCCCGGGGAACCCUACUUCAUCGCCAACAACUACGGGCCCAAGUACCUCAACUCGGCGCACGGGUACCAGAUUGUGCAGCCGCUGGUUGCGCCCGCGCAGGCGCAGGACGUCAACUUCACCAUCUCCACGAUCUCGAUCAACCGGGUGCGCAAGGGGGCGACUCCGCCGGUGUGGACGCCUGAGGGGGCCGCUGCGUUCGAGGUCGUCGAGGGCUUGUUGAGCAUUAAGAUUGGGGAGUAUCCCGAGGCGAAGUUGACGACGGGGGAUGUGGCGUUUAUUCCCAAGGGGACCGAGUUUCAGUAUUGGAGUGAGGUUGCGUUGACCAAGGUGUUGUUUGUCAGUGCGGGGAAGAAGGGCGUUGAUCAGCAGUUGAUUAAUGCUGGGAAGAAGUGGGAGUAUCCUGCCUUCCCCCGUUACUGA